UUUAGAACGUCGCAUGUGAACGACCGACAAAGUGAAAAGACUGGCUUGAAUAAAGUACGAGCUGAAUUAAGCGAGAAUGACCGAUACCACGAGAUUAUGCCAGCCUCAUCAGAUCCGGAAGAAGAUGAAGAAGCCUUUCCAAACACAGUACUACUUUACAAAGGGACAUGAACAUCUGGGAAAAGCGAGAAACGUUUUCGAGGAGCGAUCGCCGUUCGGUUAUCCCCCUUGCUCUCUCAUGUUCUCAUAUUUUCAAUAUUGGAAAGCGCAGAAACGUUCCGCGAAUUUGGCACGAAGGAGUGGAGUUUAUCAAGAUAAAGAAGGACAUGAACUUUUGCGAACACUUCGUGUCGACGUGGAUAUUGAAGCUUUUGAGGCGAAGAAGCACAAAGAUUUACACGAAGGAAUAGCCAUCACUGACGUGGAUCCAGAAUUCUUUAAAGAAUUGGCUGGCAGAGUUGUGAAAGAAAAGUUCUCAGUGAACGAAUACGUGAACGAUAUCCGCAACAUUUUCAAGGCUCGACUAUUAGCGGGACAGGAAAUGGAUGAUUGCAUCCUCAUCGACCAGCAGUUCGUCGAGGAACAGAGAAUAUUAAACAAAAUCAAGAAACGUUAUCGUCAAUACGUCAGCGCCUUCGAGGACUUCCUGUCGAAGGAUCACGAGCAAAGCAUGAAGAUCCUCGAGGAGGCCGAAAAUGAGAGCAAAAAGACAAAAGAGAUCACUCUGAGAAGAAAUCAGCUCUCCAAGGAAUUCGGUCAGGUCAGACUUGACGUGUAUUACUGGGAGGAGAACUGGAGAAUGGUGAAGAUGUGCCAAAGAUUUUUGUACCAAGUGUCACCAGACUCUUGGCGCGCGGAGCACGAUUGGAUCUAUCGUACAGAAUCCGCAGAGACCAUUGAUACAGUUCAUACUGACGUUAUAUUCGGUCGUUAUCGAAUGCUGGAGAAAGUUCCAUCCAUCGACGUCUUGAUAAAUUUGUUCGAGGAGGAUAUUAGAUACGCAGGUCCAGCCGAGCUGUACUUCGAGGAUCCACAGGACCUGAUCCGGGUAUUUAGAUCAAUAGAGAUGCAAAAUUUGAACGCGUUGAUUCAUCUGGAAUCUCUGGCAGAACCACUGACGGAGAUGAUAUUGACAAUCCACACUGCGGAAGCUAAGAUCAAGUCAGAAGUCGAGGAGCUGACCAACGCCAUCGACGAGCUGAAAGAUUCCAUUGAUAAGCUGGAGACGAGGGCGGUGGAUUUGGAGCAGUACGCGAACAAGCUAUUGGACAACAUGUUUCGCGAGGCUGUUUGUUCCGAGGAGGUGCUCCGUCUUCAAGUGUUCAUCGAGGAUGCUUACGAGUCUUGUGUCGGCCCGAAUGACGCUGAUUUGGACACUUUCGCGAUGAUGAAGUGGAUCGAGAAGACCCACGAGGAGCUAAAUCUGACGCUGGACUCUCUGCCGCCGGAAGUGGUACAGACUUAUGAGAAGGAAGGCUUCAAGCAAGAGCUCAAGGCACUGAAGGAAACUGAGAGCGCUGCUAGAAAGUUCGAGCUUAUGCACAGAUUGUUAGCCUCUUUGAAGCGUGCAAUGGAACCUCCUCCGAUAAAAAGACGACCUUUAAUGUGGCGUUCGAUACCGACCAGUCAAAGGAUUAAAGAAACUUCACGUCGACUGGAGCCUACCGAAGAAGAAGUUCAGUAUCUUACCUUCUUCACCAAGUAUUGCAAGGCGGAAGACUUCGUCGCCUAUCGUUCUCAAUUUCCUGACGACUUCGACCUCACUUUCCAACCUCGACGUCGCGAGACCAUCCUUGAAGACGACGAGGAAAGCUCCGAGAACGAGGACAAGGAGGACAAGGAGGACAACGAGAAUCCUGACAGCUGAUCGAUCCAUCUUUUCGUAAUAAUUUAAUAAUAGAACAUUGUGUUGAAGUCUGCUAACGUUGUACCUUAUACAUGGGCGAGUCUCUCAUUUUAUAUUCAUUUAUUUCCAUAUUUAUCCAGAUGUAUUUUAUCCUGGUAAAAGAAAAUGUAUUAUUUAUUAAGAACUUUUUCUAUUACACUAAUAA